AUGGGCCCACAGCAAAGAUCAGCCAUUGAAAAGGUUCUGGGAGUCUACCAGGGGCUCCUGGAUAAACUAGUGCUCCAGGGUCUGCUCCGGCUGCUGGAGCCCGUGGUAAUUAUACGCUGCAGGCCACAGGACCUCCUCCUGGUGGAGGCUGCAGUGCUAAAAGCCAUCCCUGAGUACAUGGCAGUCUCCCAUAAAUGUGUGGAAGUCCAAGUUGAUCAAGAGGUGCACCUGUCUAUGAAUGCAGCUGGAGGUGUGGAGGUCUACAGUGGCAAUCAGAGAAUAAAGGUUUCCAAUACCCUAGAAAGUCGACUGGAUCUCUUAGCCCAACAAAAGAUGCCUGAAAUACGAAAGGCCUUGUUUGGAGCCAAUGCCAACAGAAAGUUCUUUAUAUAAGCCUCUGUGAAGUGAAGCUCAUGUUGAAUUGCUAAGCCAUUAAAAGCCUAAGUUAUUAGGGCAAAGGAAACUAGUAAUGUUUCCUCCUCUUUGUUGUUUUCACAGGAGUCUAUUAUCUUUCAUGAAGUGCCCUCUGAAUAGCUAAAAGCGUAUUUUGGAAUAAAACCUGAAAAUGCUUAAAAAAAAAAAAAA